UCCUCAGGAAACCCUGCAAGCUCGGAUCGCUACUACAAAAACAUUUGUCUCAGUGGAUUAUCCUCACUGUCAGGAGCCCAGCCAGAAUGAAACUAGUUCACGUCGCUCUGCUCUAUCUCGGUUCUGUGACCUUCUUCGGGGUGGAUGCUGCAAGGGUGGACGUAGCGACAGAGUUCAAAAGAAAAUGGACAAAAUGGGCACUGAGCCGAGCCAAGCGGGACGUGAAGCCUGCGGGCGUGCUCCGAGGGCUGGGGGCAGCCGCCGAUGUGCUGCCUCUCGUAAGAACCCAGGACGUGAAAGAGGAUCUCCGAGUCUCGCAUCCCAGCAGCCGGGAGGAUGCUCACAUCCGCGUCAAGCGCUACCGCCAGAGCAUUAACAGAUUCCCCCACUUCCAAGCCAUCCGCAUGGGGUGCCGCUUCGGGACGUGCACGGUGCAGAGGCUGGUCGACGAGAUCCACAGGACGACCGGCAAUAAGGAUAAGGACGACACCGCCCCCCCCAACAAGAUCAGCCCGCAGGGCUACGGGCGGCGGCGGCGGCGGUCCCUGCCCGAGCGCCGCAGCCCAGCGCGCUCCCCCCGCGCCGGGCGGCGCCCACGGACGCACCGGGCGCAGCCCCUCGACCCCGUCCUGGAGGUGUGAGCGCCGCACGCCCCGGCCGAGGCCGCCCCGACGCAUGGACUGAGGCGCGGACCGAGAUCCGGCAGGAUCCGCGGAGAGCGCCCGCCCGGGCGGGACCCGGCGCGCCCUCCGCGGGGGAGCUGUGAAGGGCCGGGCCCGCCGGGGCUGCGCCCCCCGCAAGCCGCCCACUCCGACCCUCCCCGGGCGAGGCCCCGCCGGCUCCCGCACCAGCCGCCCGGGGCUGGAAGGCGCCGCCGAGCCGCCCCCCGCCCGCCGCUGCACCCGGGGGGCCGGGCGGUCCCUCCGGAGCCCUGCCCCGAGGAGGGGAUGCUCUGGGGAGCCCCGCCGCCGGGGGGGACCCGCUGGCGGGCGACUGGCCCCGGCCUCGCCUUCUGCCUCCGGGAGUUUGAGGGUGCCCGUCAGCCCCGGGCAAGGACAGGUCGCCCACAUCUGCUCUACCCUCUGCGUUAUCUGCACCCGGCAGGGAAUCGGACACUCACUAGUCCCUGCGGGGACUGCGAUAUACUUGAACGUCACAGAGAGGAAAAGUGCAAUUGUACGUGGUUUUUGUUAAUUAUAAGUGCGGUGUGUGUGGAUCACGAGAUACGUAUCGGUAUUUAAGGUUGUUCUGUGUCAUGUCAUGUUUGUAUCUUUUUUUUUUUUGAAAAAUAUAUUUUAUUUUUAUACGUUUUAUAUAUAUAUAUAUAUAUAUAUUGCAUACGGGCAUUUUAAAACAUUGUAUCCCCUCUAUUUUUCAUAUCGUGAAUGUCAAACGUUAAACUCUUUUUCCAUACCUUUUUUUAUCUUGCAUUCCAGACUGGUGAAAGAUGUAGAGAAUGUAUCAGCUGUUCUCCAUGGGUAAUAUGUGAAAUAAAAUAAACACAAUUACAUAAAACA